AGGAGGCUCCACACCUGAACCCCUCCCCUUGCACCUGCUCCUCUGACCUGCUCCACCCUCCACCCACCAGAACCAUGACCUGCUGUGGCUGCUCUGGGGGCUGUGGCUCCAGCUGCUGUGUGCCUGUCUGCUGCUGCAAGCCCGUGUGCUGCUGUGUGCCGGCCUGUCCCUGCUCUAGCUGUGGGUCCUGCGGGGGCUCCAAGGGGGGCUGUGGGUCCUGUGGGGGUUCCAAGGGGGGCUGUGGGUCCUGUGGGGGCUCCAAGGGGGGAUGUGGGUCCUGCGGGGGCUCCAAGGGGGGCUGUGGGUCCUGUGGGGGCUCCAAGGGGGGAUGUGGGUCCUGUGGGGGCUCCAAGGGGGGCUGUGGCUCCUGCGGUGGCUCCAAGGGGGGCUGUGGGUCCUGCGGAGGCUCUAAGGGAGGCUGUGGCUCCUGUGGCUGCUCCCAGUCCUGCUGCUGCAAACCCUGCUGCUGUGAGUCCUGCUGCUGCAAACCCUGUUGCUCCCAGUCCUGCUGCUGCAAACCCUGCUGCUGUGAAUCCAGCUGCUGCAAACCCUGCUGCUCCCAGUCCUGCUGCUGCAAACCCUGCUGCUCCCAGUCCUGCUGCUGCAAACCCUGCUGCUCCCAGUCCUGCUGCUGCAAACCCUGCUGCUGCCAGUCCAGCUGCUGCAAACCCUGCUGCUCCCAGUCCUGCUGCUGUGUCCCCGUUUGCUGCCAGUGCAAGGUGUGAGAUGCUGGCCACAGGCCUCAGGUGGCCCUUGUACCCCUGUCUCUCCACUAGGCAGUGACAAGUGCUGCAUCCUAGACCCAGAAAGCAGAGCUCUGGCUCCUGCAGAUCUGAGCUCUCCUGGAAUGGCCAGUGUGUUCUGAGCUCCUGGUGUAUAACCCUGGGUCUAUUGUCCUCUGGACUGCUGCAGCCUCGUGGCCAGACCUCAGGACUCAACUCAUGAACAACCCCAGGGCCCUGUCCCCUCCGCCACCAUUCCUGAGCUCACCAAGCCACUUGGUGCCUCCAGAGAGCUCACAGGGAGGAUCCUGAGCUGGAUGCCCUCUGAUCUGGACCCUUGCCGACCCUCUCCUCACCCCCGCCCACUCCUAGCUUCCCCAUGUCCCUCCUUCCCCAACCCGCUGUCUGAACUGGGAUGGCCACUAAUCUCUAGCUGGAGGACACUGAGGCAUCAGUGCCCUGGGGUCCUCCCUGAGGGAACGGGGUCUCCAAGCCCUUCCCUUCCUUCUCUGUCAAUGGUUCAGGUUCUUUGCUCAGUUGCUGGGAUUCCCCCUUUGACAAGUGUUCAGUCUGGAUCUCUAAAUAAAUACAAUCUGUACCUCCCAGAA